AUGUCCAACGAACCCGAACCCAAACCCAAAUUUGAACCCGAACUAGAACUCAACGAACAUGAGCCCCCCCAAGUCCAAGACCCAUCCUGGCUCUACAGAACCAUAAACGCCCUAAAAGGCUGCAACUGGACCACCCUAAACGAAACACACGUCCCACCCGUCAACCUCCAGGGAAACUGGAUAAUAAUCACAGGCGCAAACAACGGCAUUGGCUUCGAAGCUGCAAAAACAUUUGCUACAUGGGGCGCAAACCUUAUACUUGGAUGUCGGGAGCCUCCGGAAUGGGAAACUCAUCCCACGAUUGCUGUUGAGGAGAUUUUGAGCGCGGCGAGAGCUGCUGGACAUGAGAAUGUUGUUGAGUGGUGGGCUAUUGAUAUGGGGGAUUUGGAUAGUGUGAAUGCGUUUGCGAAGAGGUGGGUUGAGACGGGGAGGGCGUUGGAUGUUUUGUGUAAUAAUGCUGGAAUGGCGCCACAUUCUGCUAAUGAGCAAGCUGCUACGAAGGAUGGAAUUCAGAUUUUGCAUCAGGUUAACACAAUCUCCCACAUAUUCCUAACCUACAUCCUGCUCGACUCCCUCUCCCUCUCCCCUGCACCCCGAAUAGUCUGCACAACAUCCUGCCACCAAUUCCGCGGCUUCUUCACCCCCUCAACAAUGAACGACUGUACAAUCCGCCCAGUCCAUCUCCGCGGUGACAUAUACGCAAACAACAAACUAUACUUCCAAAUGUGGGUAGCAGAGAUGAACAGACGACUCCUCUCAAGUCCCAAAUACAAACACAUCACAAUCAACGGGUUCAAUCCCGGGUUUAUCAAUUCUGGCUUGUGGAAGUUUUCACCCGAGAACCGGGCUACGGCCAUGGGAAAGCGGAUGGAAUGGACUUUGAACUUUUUUGUGAGUAGAUUUGGGAUUUCGAGUUAUCAGGGUAGCUUGGGAAUUGUUUAUGUUGCUACUAGUGGGGAGUUUGGGGGGAGUUGGGUGCGAGAGGGGGGGGAAUUAUGUUAA